CCAGUCUAAGCACACGAGCUCUUAAAACUAGAGAACUUUCUCUGGAGCAGGAGCAGUAUGGCAGAAGAAGUCAGAAGAACUCCCAAGGGUGAGAAAGAUUCAACGUGCUGUUACUGGCUUUGAGAUGUAAAGGGCUUUGUGCAGGGAUCAGAGACCUUUAGGAUCUAAGGGCAACCCCCAGCUGACAGCCCAGAAAGAAAACUGGGAGCUCAGUUCUCCAACCACAAGAAACAGAUUGCCAACAACCUGAAUGAAUCUAGAAGCAGAUUCUUCCCAGAGUCACUGAUAAAAUCCCAGCCAACUGACAUCUUGAUUUCAGCUUUAUGAGACUCUGAGCAGAGAAAGCAACCAAGCCUGUCUGGACUUCUGAGUAAAUUCCUCAUCUAUGCCUGUUUGCUGCUGUUCUCUGUGCUACUGGCCCUUCGUCUGGAUGGCAUCAUUCAGUGGAGUUACUGGGCUGUUUUUGCUCCAAUAUGGCUGUGGAAGUUAAUGGUCAUUGUUGGAGCCUCGGUUGGAACUGGAGUCUGGGCACGAAAUCCCCAGUAUCGAGCAGAAGGAGAAACAUGUGUGGAGUUUAAAGCCAUGUUAAUCGCAGUGGGCAUCCACUUGCUCCUGUUGAUGUUCGAAGUCUUGGUCUGUGACAGGAUCGAGAGAGGAAGCCACUUCUGGCUGCUGGUCUUCAUGCCGCUCUUCUUUGUCUCCCCGGUUUCAGUUGCAGCUUGUGUUUGGGGCUUUCGACAUGACAGGUCACUGGAGUUAGAAAUCCUGUGUUCUGUCAACAUUCUUCAGUUUAUAUUCAUUGCCCUAAGACUGGACAGGAUCAUCCACUGGCCCUGGCUUGUUGUGUGUGUCCCCUUAUGGAUUCUCAUGUCCUUUCUGUGCUUGGUGGUCCUCUAUUACAUUGUGUGGUCUGUCCUGUUCCUGCGCUCCAUGGACGUGAUUGCAGAGCAGCGAAGGACACACAUAACGAUGGCACUGAGCUGGAUGACCAUUGUUGUGCCUCUGCUUACUUUUGAGAUACUGCUGGUUCACAAACUGGAUGGCCACAAUGCGUUCUCUUGUAUCCCAAUAUUUGUCCCCCUUUGGCUUUCCUUGAUCACUCUGAUGGCAACCACAUUUGGACAGAAGGGAGGAAACCACUGGUGGUUUGGUAUUCGCAAAGAUUUCUGUCAGUUUCUGCUUGAAAUCUUCCCAUUUUUGAGAGAAUACGGAAAUAUUUCUUAUGACCUCCAUCAUGAAGAUAAUGAGGAAACUGAGGAAACCCCAGUGCCAGAACCUCCUAAAAUUGCUCCUAUGUUUCGGAAGAAGACCAGGGUGGUUAUCACUCAGAGCCCUGGCAAGGCCCUCAAAGCCAAUGGACUCAAAGGCGCUACGACCUUCCAUCAGGACACCAGUGUGGGUUGGCUGGGCCCCAGGAGGUGGAGGAGAAGACAGCUGGUGGUUUGCACCCAAUGCUUGCACUUGGCGUGUUACGUUAAACCCAUAUACGAGGGUCACCUUGCCCAGCUCAAUGGCCAGGAUGUCGGCGAGCUGACAGGUGGACCGGGUAUCCUGACCCUUUCUGAGGUCACUUGAUAGCUGUGUUUUGAUGCUAGCCCCACGCAACCUGAGCCCCUAUGUGACAUCCUGCACUGUACUGUCAUGAAGAGGUGCUGCCAGCCACGCUUCAGUCUCAUGUUCUCACGUUCGUCCAUUUGGUGGGACAAUGAGGGGACCUGUAUAGGCAUCUAUGAGAAACUUCCAGAAGGAGAUUUUGGAGUGGGACAGCUGGCACAGGGUGUUUGAAACAGACUGUAUG